AUGAAGAGCAAUAACACAGUAGAUCAUGAACUAAACGUGACUAGUCUGAGUGUGUUGCAAACAGAUGUAGCUCAAUCAGAUACAUCAAAUGAAUAUACUCGAUCAGAGAAAAGAACGUGUGUCAUAUUUGUCAGCAGUGUCAUCAUUCUGAUCGCAAUCAUUAUAAUUAUUAUUUUGACCAUCAUAGCAAAGGAAACCCCAAUUAUUAAGAAAUCAGUAACAACAACAACAACGAGAACAACAGAGGUAUUAUUUAACGUCACUAUGACAGUCACAGAAGAUUAUCCUUCAUGGAAUCAAUAUGGAAUUUCUAUCAGUAUAGGCAUGAUACUACGUUCUGUCAAAGGCAUCACCGUUGAUGAUGAUGAUCAUGAAACAAUUUAUUUUGCUGAUUCAUCUGCAAAUUGCAUUGUUAGACGCAGAUCUAAUGUGGCGAAAGGUGAAGUCAUUGCUGGUGGGAAUGGAAGAGGCAAUAAAAGCAAUCAAUUACAUGCGCCCACACAUACAGUUAUUGAUAAAGCAAAAAAUUCGAUUAUCAUUUGUGACAGCGGAAAUCGUCGAGUGGUGAGAUGGUCGCUGCAAAAUUCGAGCGACCAGCAGAUCAUAGCUUCGAACGUUACUUGCACAGAUAUAGCAAUCGAUCGAGACGGAGCUAUUUAUAUAAGCGAUCAUGAGCAGUGUGUUGUAACACGAUGGAAAGAAGGAGAGUCCCGUGGGAAAGUUGUUGCUGGUGGCAAUGGAAAAGGUCGUGGUCUAGAUCAACUUCACUAUCCUACAUAUCUUGCUGUCGAUCAAGAUUAUUCAGUUUAUGUAUCAGAUUCGAACAAUAAUCGUGUGAUGAAGUGGUUGAAAAAUGCAAAAGAAGGAAUUGUUGUUGCUGGUGGUCGUGGUAGCGGUGCUCAUAUGAAAGAAUUGAAUGGUCCUAAGGGAAUAUUCGUUGAUCAACGGAGUAAUGUGUACGUGGUUGAUUCGCUGAAUCAUCGAGUGAUGCGUUGGUCAGACAGAUCGCGUGAUAUUUGGAUUGUUGUUGGUGGUUAUGGUGAUGGAAGAGCUUCACAUCAGUUAUUUGCGCCAGAGGAUAUAUCCAUCGAUCGACAAGGAAACCUUUACGUUAUCGAUGAUGGCAAUCGACGAAUACAAAAGUUUGAGUUUGAACCUUAG